CGCCAACUUUUGGCACCUAUUUAAAGCGACCACCGGACCGAAGCAGAUCGAGCGCGAUGGGGUCGACGCUCUCGACGUCCAGCGAUCAUUGUUGCGGCACUGAGGCAACGCGCACGACGCCGCCGCCCAGCCGCGACGAGCUCAAGCUCUCGAUCGGGUACAUCUCACCGCACACAGUACCGCUCCCAUCUCCAUUGUCACCCACUGCGUCGCCUUCACGUGCAACCAAGUCUCCGAUGCUCGAGGUUGAUAUCGACGCGGACGGGCGCAUCGUCAUUGCCCCGGACACGGCGCCGCCUGUGAGCUGCUUGGUCGAUCCUGUCAAGCGCGCCAGCUCACCAAAAAGAUCUACGAAACGCGUGCGCUUUGACACCAAACGCAUCUUUGAAGAGCGGCUCAAGACGGAUUUACCGCUGGCGUGUUCGACGAGUCACCUCGUCCUCCACCGCCGCUACUCGGUGGGCGGGUCGGGAGAAGCGCUGCGUCUCCGGCAACAUACCGACUACGUUAUCGUCGACGACAAGGAGCCGGUAUCACCCGUGCGCCCGUCGGUGCUCUUGCGACUGCAAGAAGAGCGCGACAAAAUACACAACGAAUGGGCGCACUGGGCCAAGGGCUUCAAGGUCCCGGCCAAGUUUACAUCGCCGCCUCGGCAGACCACGCGGCCCGUGACAUCAGUGCCCACGCUCGAGCUCGAUACGACAGCGCGUGACGAGCCACCUAUUCUGGAGCCUCCGUCGCCUCGCAAAGCCAAGCGGAAGGACAGCUUGGACGGGUCCUUCCGCUCGGUGCCACGCGCGGUCGCCAAGCGCAACUCGAGCGCCUUUCUCCGACACGUCUAGCUCGUUGACGCCCAAUCCUUUGACAUAAUACCCGAUACGUCCGUCUUGUUCAUUGCAUGUAAUGAUACCACAGGGCAAUGCGACGGGCCAACUGCAUACGUGGUGAUCUCGGUGAUGGAGUCGAAGGGACAGGGUUCAACAUCGCAAGCGUUUCGAUCUUUCCAAA